AUGAGUAAGAUCAGUGAGACUGUGAAGCGGGCCAGGACUGCCUUUAACUCUGGCAAAACCCGGCCCUUGAAAUUCCGGAUCCAGCAGCUGGAAAACCUCCAAAGGAUGGUGAAGGAGAGAGAAGAGGAAAUUACUGCAGCCCUGUAUGCUGAUCUCCAUAAGAGCAAGCAGUCUGUACUCUAUGAAGAGUGCAUUUAUUUCUUGCAAGAGGUCGAGUAUGCACUUUCCAACCUUCCCCAGUGGAUCCUGGAUGAGCCUGUGGAGAAUGAUAAUACAAAGGAUGAACAGCUUUACAUCCACUCAGAACCCCUGGGUGUGGUUCUGAUCAUUGGGAGCUGGGAUUACCCCUUCGUUCUGUCCAUCCAGCCAUUGGUGGGCGCCAUUGCUGCAGGCAAUGCUGUGGUCCUCAAGCCUUCUGAGGUGAGUGAGAAAACGGCCAUCCUCUUGGCCACACUGCUCCCUCAGUACCUGGACAAGGACUUGUUUCCAGUUAUUAAUGGUGGUGUUCCUGAGACCACAGAAUUGCUCAAGGAGAAAUUUGACCACAUCCUCUAUACUGGCAGCACAGGAGUGGGCAAGAUUAUCAUGACAGCUGCGGCCAAGCACCUGACCCCAGUGACCCUGGAAUUGGGAGGAAAGAGUCCCUGUUACAUUGAUAAGGACUGUGACCUUGAUGUUGCCUGCAGACGUAUCACCUGGGGAAAGUUCAUGAACUCUGGCCAGAUUUGUUUGGCUCCAGACUACAUCCUCUGUGAUCCUGCUCUGCAAGGCCAAGUAGUGGAGAAGAUUAAAAAAACCCUGAAGGAAUUCUAUGGAGAUGAUGCCAAAAGUUCUCCUGACUAUGGAAGAAUGGUCAACAGCCGUCACUUCCAAAGGGUGAUGAGCUUAAUUGAGGGACAGAAAGUGGCAUAUGGAGGGAAUGGAGAUGAGGCCUCUUGCUAUAUAGCCCCAACUAUUCUCACCGAUGUUGACCCAAGGUCUCAGGUGAUGCAGGAAGAAAUCUUUGGGCCUGUUCUCCCCAUCGUCUGUGUGAAGAGCCUGGAGGAAGCCAUCCAGUUCAUCAAUGAGAGGCCAAAGCCCUUGGCUCUCUAUGUGUUUUCUAACAAUGACCAGGUCAUCAAGAAGAUGAUUGCAGAGACUUCCAGUGGAGGUGUGACUGCCAAUGAUGUAAUACUCCAUGCUGGUGUCCAUACUCUACCGUUUGGUGGUGUGGGUGACAGUGGCAUGGGUGCCUAUCAUGGUAAGAAGAGUUUCGAAAUCUUCUCCCACCGCCGGUCCUGCUUGAUCAAGCCUCUGAAGAUGGAGGACUCUGACAAAUUCCGGUUCCCACCUUUUCCUGUUAAGGAUUCACUCAAGUGAGGGGCAGCCAUGGUCCUUUGCCUACUGGGGCAAACUGAUGUCUGGAAGCCCAUCAUUUCACUCCUAGCU